GGGAAGCUGUGUAGUAAACCAGCACAACAAAAACCCUGAGGAGCUACACCGUCUCCGACACUGUACGAGGUUUUUUCAAUGGCUUUGAGGAAUAAGAUUCCAUGGUGGCACGGCGUUGCUGCUCUGUUCGGAGAAUCCUAUCGCCGGUGUUACGCCACCAGCAGCAAAGUGGACCUGAAGAAACUCCGCCCCAUGAUUCUCAAAAGAAUCGAGAAACGCUCCCAACUUUACCCCAUUCCCUCCAUGAUUCCCGUUGCCAACGAGGUUCUCCUCUCUAGGAAUGUUCUCAUCCAUGGCGUUUCCACCCUCCUCAAUCACUUCCCUCUCAUGUCUUGCAAAUUCUGUCCAGAGAUAUAUAUUGGUGAGAAGGGGCAUUUAAUUCAGACUUGCCGGGGUUACAAGCAUCGUGCCAAGCAUCAGGUUCAUGAAUGGGUCCAAGGUGGUUUGAAUGAUAUACUUGUUCCUGUUGAAACAUUUCACUUGAAGAACAUGUUCCAAAGUGUUAUUAGGCAUAAUCAAAGGUUUGACUUUGAUCGCAUCCCUGCUGUUGUUGAGCUAUGCUGGCAAGCCGGGGCUGAUCCCCAUGAUGAAAACCUUAAUUCAAGUAAUUGGAACUUGGAGGAUGCAAAUGGCAUUGUUGAUGGAACUGAGUCCUUGUCACCAAGUGAUCUUGCCUCUAUAGCAAAUAAAACUGUCAAUGCUUGGGAGACUCUCAGGUCUGGGGUGGAGAAGUUGUUGUUGGUUUAUCCGGCAAAAGUUUGUAAAUAUUGUUCUGAGGUGCAUGUUGGGCCGUCUGGCCAUAAAGCUAGGCUCUGUGGAGUGUUUAAGUAUGAAAGUUGGAAAGGAACUCACUUUUGGACAAAAGCUAAUGUGGAUAAUUUAGUGCCACCAAAGAUUGUAUGGAAACGAAGACCUCAAGAUCCUCCUGUACUUUUGAAUGCAGGGAGAAACUUCUAUGGGCGUCUUCCAGCUGUAUUGGAUCUGUGCACAAUAGCUGGUGCUAUUGUGCCUGCUAAGUAUAAUAUUAUGAUGAAAGUGCAAGGUAUGUCUGGCCCUGCUAAUAAUAAGAUCUGGACGGGCAUUAGAUAAACAAACUUAUGCAAGCAACUGUGAGUUGAAUGCUGAUCCGGCACUCAAUCAGGGAAUGUCUGGAGAAGAAAUCUGACUUGUCAUUACUUUCAUCUACGAUUUUCUGCAUAAUUUUAAGAGCUAUGAAAAUCUCAGACAUAUAUAUGUGGCUGGACUUGAUGGCGAUGGACCCGCUCCUCAGGUUGCACAAAGGUAAUCUAAUGUUCUACUUCUCCAGUCAAAGAUCCCAGUUUUCAGUUUUGAUUAUUUUUGUAAACCUUGUGGAAUCAUUAGUCCUAUAAUUGCUUGAAAUAUUGACACAAGAGAUACUGCGUCUGUUGUUGUACAUAUCUGUAGCAAGUUCAUCCCUGCCAAAACAGGGGGCAGUUUAUCUCAGAAAUUUCAUUUUUCUUGACGUAUCACAUGAAUAGAAGCUCUGCUUUAUUUUCUAUCAA